CCAAAACCCGCUGCGCAAAUCUCUCUCUCCCUCUCUCUCUCUCUCAUUUUUCAGUUUUUUCUUGUUUGAAAAAUCAAUGGCGGAACAGCUCACCGAAGAACAGAUCUCGGAGUUCAAGGAGGCUUUCAGUCUCUUCGAUAAGGAUGGCGAUGGUUGCAUCACCACCAAAGAACUGGGUACCGUUAUGAGGUCUUUGGGCCAAAAUCCAACUGAAGCUGAACUCCAGGAUAUGAUUAAUGAGGUUGAUGCUGACCAAAAUGGGACAAUUGAUUUCCCUGAGUUCCUUAAUUUGAUGGCAAGGAAGAUGAAGGACACUGAUUCUGAGGAGGAAUUGAAGGAAGCGUUUAAGGUCUUUGACAAGGACCAAAAUGGGUUUAUUUCUGCUGCAGAGCUACGACAUGUGAUGACCAACCUGGGAGAGAAAUUAACAGAUGAAGAAGUGGAUGAGAUGAUCCGAGAGGCAGAUGUUGACGGUGAUGGUCAAGUCAACUAUGAAGAAUUUGUGAGAAUGAUGCUGGCCAAGUGAGGGCAGGUGGAUAAGACACGCAUAUGGAAAGUAGGCAUACCGCAUACCACGACAUGUAGUAAUACUAGUACAUCUCAUCCUUAGUGAUGAGGCAAACUUUUCAUUUCAUUUCUUCUUUUCUAUCUUUAGUUUGUGGAAUGUAUUUGUAGACCUGGUUUGGUAAUUUGGUUGAGCAGAGUUUUUAUAUUUAUUCUUCAUACAUAGACAAUGUUUCAGCCUUGCCUGAUCAUUUAGUGAUAAUCUUAAUGGAAUAUCUUUGUAAAAUUUGAAAAUCAUGAGAAAUUGCGUAUUAUUGUUAA